AUGCUUCAGGGAAACCGACAUAACCACCACUUUUCAGGAAGCGACUCAAUCCGCACUGCUGACUCGCGAGACAACUCCACUGCCAUUGCUCUCGUGGUCACUGCAGAUGGUACCAAUGCUGCUCCUUCCAUUAUUUCUUCUCCUGGUGCAUUUUCUGACACAAGUGAAGGUCAUGCAGGAUAUGAUGAUGCAGAUGGGAUCAUUCCUGAGCUGCAAGGUCUGGCAAAGUUCCUGGAGGAGACCCCCAUGUCUCCACUGCAUCUUGCCUCCGGCAGUCCUGUUUCAACUGAGAGCAACCCCAUCUUUGCACAAGACCCAGCACCUCUCCACCUUCCAGCUGCAGCGCUCUCAACGCAACCAUCACCAGCAGCUUUUGAAGUCCCCCAAGCAGCUGUACAGUCAUCUUCGCGCCCUCUUGCUACAGCUGCCGAGCCACCUGCUCGCUUGCUCUCCUACCCAAACCUUACCCGUAUGCGUGCACCUCCAAGCCAAUCACAGCUGCCUCACCCUCUCGCCAAUGUCAGGCAGGCACAGGCGCUCAUGUUUCCAUCACCUGCUGCUGCCCCUGCAUCUCGCACUGAACUGGGUGCACGGCUGCCUGCAUCCACACCGCCUGCUAUGCUUUUCCAGAGUUCCCUGAUACUACCAGCCUCUGCUAAUGCCUGGGGUACUGCUGCUGCCGGAUCCUCUGCUCCACGCAUGGCCUCAUCAACUAUUGCUCCUGCUUCUCAAGCUUUACCACUUCCCCCUGCAUAUCUCCGCAUGCAGCUUCCUCCUCCUGCUCCUCCGUUGCCUUCACAUCAACACCUCAGCACCUCCCCUCCUGCCUUCGCUACCAGCAACGCGUGCCAGUGCUGCUGCCAUUGUCACUUCAAGCAACAGCAACUGACACCUCCACAGGGCACAGGUGUCUCGCUUCAGGGGGGAGUGCCGAGAAACAGUAUGCACCAGGUGCAUACACUUGCAAACACCAGCACCUUGGCUGCUGCUCCUCCUACCUCCGCAGCUCCCCUUUCCUCUGCCGCUCUUCCUGCUACAGCUGCUGCAGCGUCUGGAAGCCCUGCAAAAGCCCACCUGCUGGUCAUGCCUAAGGUGGGAGUCGCGUGGAGUCUGAAGUCAUGUGACAAACCACGGCACCAGCAGCCUUUGGGUCCCAAGACUUGGCAGCAACCACAGCCGCAUCAACAGCCAAACCAGCCAAUGGCCCACCAGCAUCAGCAGCUUCAGCGACCUCAGCACGGGAUGCUGCAGCUGCAACAAGGACAGCCACAGCGUGCAAUGCAGCAGGAGCUGAGGCCGCAGCAGCAGCGACAAGCCCCUCUGCUGCAGGUGCCAUUGCCGGCUGAGCAGGGCAAUACGGCGGAACGGAAGCAGCGACAGGAGGAGGUGGUUGGUGGUGCAUCUGGUGCUGCCAUUUUGGGUGGCAGGUCCCCUCCUCUCCCACCUCCUCCUUGUCCGCCUCCAUCUAAGUACCCCGCAGGCCCGCUACCCAAGCUCACGCCAUUUCUUCUGUCGGCCAUUGCCAACAGCAAGGCCAAUGCUUCUGCAUUGUCCCUGGUGCAGCAAACUCCCGUGACUCUACCAGCUGUCGCAAGCAUGUCACUGGCACCAGCAUCACUUCAGCCUGUAAUGGUAUCAGCACUUCCUGAGGUUGCGGCUAUGCCGACACUUCAUCUGAAUGCCGUCCCUGACCCCCCAUUCCUUUCCCUGAUCACCCACCUGCUCCCUGAUCACCCACCUGCUCCCUGA